AUGGCUACCGAAACCCUAAUCGAUAACCAACCAUCUCUUCACGACAAACUUCCACCCAAUCGAAACAAAUCUGCUGAUGAAGAAGAUGCUUUGACUGAAGUUGACGAAUCGAAAGAGAAGAAAGAGAUCCACGAAACGGACGAGGGUACUAAUGGGGAUGACGAGGAGGAAGAGGCUAAGGGGAGUCAGUUGAUGAAAGAGACGACAUCUGAGAAGAAGAGUCCGGUUACGCCGACCAGUGAUAGACCGACAAGGGAACGGAAGUUGGUGGAGCGAUACUCUGAACCGUCGGCAGGCAAGUUGGGAAAGUCUGCGUCUAGUAAAGUUUUUGUAAUUGAGAAGGGACGUGGUACUCAGCUUAAGGAUAUUCCAAACGUGGCUUUCAAGUUGUCAAAGAGAAAGCCUGAUGACACCCUGAAUAUGCUUCACAAUCUACUGUUUGGGAAGAAAUCAAAGGCACAAACUAUGAAGAAGAAUAUAGGGCAGUUUUCUGGUUAUGUAUGGGCUGAAAAUGAGGAAAAACAGAGGAUAAAGAUAAAGGAUAGGAUUGAUAAAUUUGUGAAAGAAAAGUUGGCAGACUUCUGUGAUGUGCUUAAUAUCCCAAUUAGCAAGACCGGUUCAAGGAAGGAGGAACUGUCUGUAAAGCUGUUGGAAUUUCUUGAGGCCCCACAUGCUACUACUGAUGUUCUGCUUGCUGAAAAAAAACUGAAAGGUAAGAAGAAGCAAACUAGAAAAGCAACCACUGGCAAAUCUCCCAGGGAAGCAUCCACGGAAACACCAGCAAAGAAGAAAAAGCAAAUUCCACAAUCUGGGAAAAAAAGAAAACCAUUGUCCGAUGUUGAAGAUGAUGAUAAAGCUGAACUUUCAGAUGCAAAAGAUGAGUCACAAGAUGAAGAUGUUGUAGUGGCAAAUAAUGGAACUGAGGAUGAGGUGGGUAAAUCAGAGGAAGAGGAAGAGGAAGAUAUAUCAAAGGCUCACAAGACUAAGUCCAAACAGUCUGAGAAUGAAGGUUCAGUUGCUAAAGCUGAAGCUAAAAUACCAUCUGUUAAGAAAACCUCUGCAAAAGCUAGCCAAAGCAGUGAAAAAUCCCCCAAAAAAUCAAAAUCUAAGAAAUCCAUUACUGAUCAUGAUUCUGCCUCUCUUCCAAAGUCAAACCAACCUGACACCAAGAAACUGAAAACUGGAAAGGAGAAACAGGAUACUAAGGAGAAGGAUGCAAUCAAAACCUCAAAGGCGGGUAAAGAACAAGCAAAAGGUAGAAGUAGCAAGAAGAACAAGGUAAAAGAACCUAGCAGGGAGGACAUGCACUCAGUUGUUGCUAAUAUUCUGAAGGAAGUAGAUUUCAACACUGCAACUUUGUCAGAUAUCCUCCGCCAACUUGGUACACAUUUUGGCCUUGAUUUAAUGCAUAGAAAAGCAGAGGUGAAAAAUAUCAUCACUGAUGUAAUUAAUAGCAUGUCUGACGAGGAAGGUGAUGAUGAGGAAGCUGAAAAUGAUGAAGAUGGAGAUGGAGGUGUUGAUGAGGGUGGUGAUGCCAGUGAUGAAGAUGAUAAUGAAUGA